ACCUUAAACACUGCCUGAAUCCAAACUUUUAUCCCAGGUCUUGAUCCUUCUGUGUUCCAGGUUAAUAUGUUCCGGCUCAGGAUGACUUCCUCUCUGUUCUCACUCUUCCUCCUUUCGAUGUCAUUCAUCAUGGCCGCCGCUCAACCCGCCGGCUGCAAAAUCCGCAUCACUGACAAAGGACUGGACAUGUUGAAGUUCGAGACUCAGAGGUUUGUUGAAGAGGAGCUGAGCAACAUCAGCAUGCCGGAGAUGAUCGGGAAGGAAGGACGCUUCCAGUACACCAUCACAGAUGUGAAGAUAACGGAGCUGAACCUGACUCACGCCGACCUGCAGUUCGUGCCUGAAGUCGGGUUGUUGUUCGACGUUCAGAACUCCUCCAUCUCGCUGAGUUUCCACCGACGGAUCCUCUACUGGUUUUUUUACGACACGGGGAACAUCAACGCCUCGGCUGAAGGCGUCAACAUCAACACGGUACUGAGUCUGAUCCGAGACGACGAAGGACGACUGAAGAUCAACAACAUCACGUGUGACGCCAAAAUCAACAAGAUGAGGGCCCGGUUCAGCGGGACGCUCGGGAAAGUUUACGACUUCAUUUCCAAAUUCCUGACGUCAGGCAUGCGCUUCCUCCUCAACCAGCAGAUCUGUCCGGCCCUGAACCACUCAGCUCUGGUUCAUGUGAACGCGAUGUUGGACACGAUCCCUGUGAGGACGGAGGUGGACCAGUUUAUUGGGAUAGACUAUUCUCUGAUUGAUGAUCCUGUAGUGACGUCCCGCAGCCUUGACAUGCACUUCAGGGGGAUGUUCUUCGACUUGUCUGAUCCCCACAACACGCUGGUGAACUACGCGGUGAACCCGGUGAUCCGAGAGUACGACCGGAUGGUCUACCUCGCUCUGUCCGAGUUCUUCUUCGACAGUGGAAUGUACGCGUACUACAGGGCGGGGGUCUUCCAGAUGGACAUCAUCACGAGAAGAAUGCCCAAAGACCUGGAGAUGUUGUUGAGAACCACGUACUUCGGGACCCUGUUCAUGCUGUACCCGGCUCUGGUGGACGCUCCGCUCUCGUUGCACAUCGCCGUCACGUCACCUCCCAAAACCACCAUCAAGACGUCUGGAGCAACCGUUGCCAUGACAGCCAGCGUCAAGGUGAUGGUGCUGCCUCCGGGUCAGUCUCCGAUCCAGCUCAGCAGCAUGACCAUGGAAUCAAAGUUCAACGCUAAAGUUUCUAUGAAGGGAAAACGUCUGGCUGUUCAUGCUGACCUCCGCAGGUUUAAAAUCUUCUCCAACCAAUCUGCUCUGGAAUCUCUUGCAUUGAUUCCUCUGCAGGCUCCUCUAAAGACGAUGCUGCAGAUGUCCGUGGUUCCUUUAAUCAACAACUGGACAAAAAAAGGAGUUCGGAUUCCCCUGGCUGAUGGGAUGGAUUUCAUUGAGGAGGUUGUUGAAUAUCACAACGGUUUCAUUGUGAUCGGAGCAAAUCUUCACUUCAGCAAAGGACUGAGAGAAAUGAUCACCGGAGGCAACAAUCAGACAGAGACAGACAGCAACACCGUCUAACAGACAGAGACAGACAGCAACACUGUCUAACAGACAGAGACAGACAGCAACACCGUCUAACAGACAGAGACAGACAGCAACACCGUCUAACAGACAGAGACAGACAGCAACACCGUCUAAAGAUUUACAUAUUCAACACACAACA